AUGUCGCGACUGAAGAUCAACCUGGAAGCCAUCGAGCGUGAUGGAGCUAGCGUAACAGAGGGCUUCUGCGCCGAUGGUGUCCGUAUCGGCUCGCUUCUUGUCUCGUCUGAAGGAGUGCGGGACAGUCAAGGCAAUUCGUACGUGCUCUCUCUUAGUGAUCUUGAGGUAGUCCCGGAAACAGAGGGCGGGUUCUUAGGCAAAGGCAGCAGUGGCUCUGUUCGCCGCGCAGUUCACCGACGCAGCAAGAUGGUGGCCGCACUAAAGGAAAUUAAAGUGACGGGACAGGCGCACAUUAGUGAAAUUCGACGAGAGUUGGAGGCGCUACACGCGUGUGACUUCGCAACACCGUACCUGGUCCAUUUCUACGGUGCGUUUGCGCACGAGGGGUCUGUUUUUAUCGCGAUGGAGGCGAUGGACGGCUCCCUCGACGAGCUCUACAAACCGGUCCCGCCACCAGUGCUGGCGUGUAUCACGCGACUGAUGCUGAAAGGGCUGGCGUACCUGCAUCGUACCCGACAUCUCAUUCAUCGUGACUUGAAGCCAAGCAACGUUCUCUACAACAGUUGCACCGGCGACAUCAAAAUAUCCGACUUUGGUGUGAGCUCGAAUCUCGAGUCCACCAAGGCGGAUGCGCACAGCUUUGUUGGUACGGUCACAUACAUGAGCCCUGAGCGGCUGCGUGGCGAGUACUACUCGUACGGUGCCGAUAUUUGGUCUUUGGGGCUGGUUGUCGCUGAGCUGGCAGUGGGUGUGUGUCCCUACGCUGGUUUGCGUGGCGGCAGCAGCGAGGCGCGCUUCUGGGCACUGUUGCAGCACCUCAGCAGUGACGGCCCAGCACUAGAGCUACCGCCGGAGAUGGACGCCGACUUGGCUGACUUUAUCAGCGCGUGUGUCGUGAAGUCCCCUGACCGACGACCGACAUGCACUGACUUGUUACGUCAUGCAUUCAUUGUGAAACACGCAUCCUCGACACCGGUGUCAGAGGCAAAGCAGUGCUGGACCACCACUCCCACCGUUCCUGCUCCCGGAGAGCUCCUCCCGCCUCUCAAUAGCCACUCGCCUGCUGUAGGGUCAGUUGCACCUCUUGCAUGUGAGGGUGCCACUCUCAGGGCUUCUUCGUCAUGCUCUGCGGCGUCGCCGCCGUCAACAAUGCUGCCCUCUCCCCUUGAGCGGUACGACGGCGAAACGGAUGCGGACGUCGCAGACCGCACGGUUAUUGCGCGAUGGAUUCACGCUAUGAUGAAGCGGGAGGCCUUUCGCAGAACGAAGGGGAACGGCUACGAGGUGUCGCACCGGGAGCCACUUGCUGACGUGUCGGUCUCCACAGCUAUAGAUUCAAACGAAGGCGGCAGGACGGCGGGCGCCCCUGCGCUCACCUUAGACAGGUCACGCACUAACGAGCUAAGAGAGCUCCCCGCCGGGAGGAGUCGAGACCGACAGUCGGGUGACAGCGGCAGUGCCUCCAUUGCGCAUGAGUGCACCAAUGGCGGACACCCUCUCACAUGCAACGACGUGCGACGGACCGCCACAGUGGAGUCGUCUGUGAACCUCGAUGAUGAGCUAAACAAGCUUCUCUUCUGA